UGUUUCGUACGAUACUAUUCUCCCGUCUAGAAACUGAGCAUUUUCAGAUCAUACGUCAAGUAUCAGCUGUUCCCUGGGCAAAAUGUGGGCAGAUACCUUAUUCAUUGUAUUCAUCUCCAUCUGUACAGCGCUCUUUGGCGAGGGGCUGACUUGGUUGUUGGUCUACAGAACUGAAAAAUACCAAAAACUAAAGGCAGAGGUAGAACGGCAGUGCAAGCGUUUAGAGAAAAAGAAAGAUGCCCAUGGAGACAGCAUGGAUCGUCAGCAGAAAAGAAAAAUUGAACGAGAGGAAGAACGGCUAAAGAACAGUAACAGAGACCUCUCUUUAGUGAAGAUGAAAAGCAUGUUUGCCAUUGGGUUUGCCUUCACAGCUCUACUUUCUAUGUUUAACUCAAU